AUGAGCAAAAUCCGAAAGUUUUUUAGAGGAAGUGAGCGCAUCCUGGCUUUCAUAUUUGUAACUUCUGUUAUCUGGCUGCUCUUUGACAUGGCAGCUCUCCGCCUCUCAUUCAGUGAGAUCAAUACUCUCAUCCUUAAGGAAGACAUCAUCAGGAGGGAGCAGACAAAAUUUAGACAUCAGCUCGACCAAAUAGAGACAGAGACAUUAUACAGCAGCAAAAGAGAAGUGAAAUUCCCAAUGAGGGGCUACAAGAAGAGUGUGUGGGGCAAAAAGAACUUUAGAAAGGCUGAGAAGAGAAUGAUGAAGGUCGAAAAUGAUUUGUAUCAGACCCAAAGGGAAAGAUAUAAUCUGAAAAACCUAGGAAGGGGUCAAUUUUCUCCAUUGUGGUUUCCAACACAAGUGCCAUCGCUCCCUGUAAGUUUCACCAGCAGGAAACCAGAGGAGCUAGUGAGCAUCUCUCAUCAAGGGGAUCCAAAGAAAAUAAUUAGUCAGGGGGCUCAGAAACCGCCACUUGUGGCACCAAGAGGGACACCAUUGGCCAGAAUAACUGCACACACAGGAUCUGAGGGAAUAAGUCACAAGGCCCUCAAGAGUCCGCGACCCAAAAGUAACACAUUAAAACAAACAGCUGAAAGGAACCAGGAUGCCAUUAAGAGUCCUCAUGCUGACAGAUCCAAGAAGCAUUCACCGGUAAAGGCAAAAGCACAAUUUCCUGCUAACUCUCCAAUGUCAAAACCCAGGGCCACUAUAGCCUUAAAUAAAACUGAGACUCAGGGCAAAGACCUGCAUACAAAUAAACAAAAUUUUAGUCAAAGCCUUCCUAUUUCCAAGCCUGUUGCCAAUUUAAAUCACUUAAAGAAGCAAUAUUUUAAUGAAACACAGAUCAGAGACUUGCUGGAGAAUGAUGGAGCCAAAGUGGCUGGUGAAAAGAAAUUCAAUUUCUCUCAAAAUCAUGUUGUUAUUAUAACCAAAGAGAAGGACCUAAAGAUGGGCUCCAAAGAAACCUCCAGUCUUAAAACUAUAUUUCCUAUAACUCUGGAUAAAUUCCAAAGCAAACACGUUUUGGAAAAUAGACGUGAGGUCUCUGUUCCUUCACUUACUCUACAAAGAACAGCAGUAUUGCAAACCGAAACUGGUCGAGCCUUAGCUGGUGGGCAAAAGCCAACAAGAAUCAACUUAACUGUCCAGAGCCAAUCUAUGGGAUACAAUCAAAAUCUUAUCAAAACAUAUUUAUCAGAAGACCAAGGAAUGCAUCAUGUUUUAAAAAUAGAUAUGACACUCUCUCCAAGAGACCCCAAAGCUCCAGGACAAUUUGGACACCCUGUGUUUGUUCCACCUGAAAAGAAGAAAGAAGCAGAAAAAAGAUGGAAAGAAGGUAACUUCAAUGUCUACCUUAGUGAUCUGAUCCCAAUAGAUAGAGCCAUUGGAGACACAAGGCCUGCUGGGUGUGCAGAGCAGCUAGUUCACAACACUCUCCCAAGCACAACUGUCAUCAUGUGCUUUGUGGAUGAGGUGUGGUCCACUCUCCUUCGAUCUGUCCAUAGUGUUCUCAAUCGCUCUCCUCCACACCUCAUUAAAGAGAUUCUUCUGGUGGAUGACUUCAGCACCAAAGACUACCUAAAAGAUAAGUUGGAUAAAUAUAUGUCUCAAUUUCCAAAAGUCAGGAUCCUUCACCUCAAGGAAAGACAUGGCUUAAUAAGAGCCAGGCUGGCAGGGGCACAGGAAGCAACAGGUGAUGUAUUAACAUUCUUAGAUUCUCAUGUGGAGUGUAAUGUUGGUUGGUUGGAACCUCUUCUUGAGAGAGUUUACUUAAGUAGAAAAAAAGUAGCCUGCCCAGUAAUUGAAGUUAUCAAUGAUAAGGAUAUGAGUUACAUGACAGUGAACAACUUUCAAAGAGGCAUCUUUGUGUGGCCCAUGAACUUUGCUUGGAGAACAAUUCCUCCAGAUGUUGUUGCAAAAAACAAUAUUAAAGAAACAGAUAUAAUAAGGUGUCCCAUCAUGGCAGGUGGAUUAUUUUCUAUUGACAAAAGUUACUUUUAUGAACUUGGAACAUAUGACCCGGGGCUUGAUGUUUGGGGUGGAGAAAAUAUGGAACUCUCAUUCAAGGUGUGGAUGUGUGGUGGCGAGGUUGAGAUUGUUCCCUGCUACCCGAGUGGGCCACACUUAUUCAGAGAUGAUCAUCCAUAUUCCUUCCCCAAAGACCCAGUGAAGACGGUGGAGCGGAACUUGAUGCGGGUAGCUGAGGUUUGGCUCGAUGAGUAUAAAGAAUUAUUCUAUGGCCACCGGGAUCACCUCUUAGAUCAGGUGCCAGAUGCUGGGGACCUCACGCAGCAACGGGAACUUCGGCAGAAACUCAAAUGCAAAAGCUUCAAGUGGUACUUGGAAAAUGUUUUUCCUGACUUGAAGGCGCCCCUCAUGAGGGCUAGUGGUGUGUUGACAAACCUUGCACUAGAGCUUGGAAAAUGCAUUGCUAUUGAAAAACUCUACGCUGUUUUGGAAAGCUGUGAUGGGAGUAGCCAGCUUCAACAAUUUAAUUACACCUGGUUAAAACUUAUUAAACAUGGAGAAUGGUGCUUAGCUCCCAUUCCUGAUAAGGGUUCCCUGAGGCUGCACCCUUGUGAUAACAGAAACAAAGGGCUGAAAUGGCUGCAUAAAUCAACAAAAAUAUUUCACCCAUGCUUGGUGAAUCACAUUGUUUUUGACACCAAUCAUCAAUUAUUAUGCUUGGAAGGGAAUUUUUCCCAUAAGAGCAUGAAAGUUGUAACUUGUGACCCAAUGAAGCUUAAUCAAAAAUGGAAAUUUGGAAAAUAUUAUGAAGAUUGA